UCUUCUUCUGCCGUGUCAAUUCCCUGAAAAUUAAACACAAACAUUUUAAUGUUUUCGGAUUUUGUUUAUUUGAAAUGUGUGCGUUGCGCUCGCUUUGUCGCACUUGUGGCAUAAAACUAGAAAAUGAGUCCAGCUCCGUUAAGCUCUUUGAAAAGUCAAACUACCAUUUCAUUAGACUUAUUGAGGAUAUCACCGACAUGUUUCUGGAGUUCGAUAAUUCUAUGCCUGAUCACGUUUGCCAAGAAUGUAAAGAGGAUCUGGACAGAAUGUUGGCUUUCCGCUCAAAGUUUUUGAAAGUCCAUCGGUCAUUUUUGGUCACCAAAAAGAAGCAUCUGCAAUGGAAGGAAAAUUCUAAUAAAGUGGAAGCCGAAUGCCUUGAAGAUGAAACAGAAUUAAUGGGAGGUAGUGCGCCCUCGGAAGAGGAUAUGUUGCAGAUUGUUGAUAAGGACACAGAUGACAUGGAAGACCACCUUAAUCAAGAUGAACAGGAUCAAGAUAAUGAUGACGAGGAGCACACCGAAGAGAACGAGCAGGACCAGAAAUAUUUAGAUGAGGAUCAACAAAACACUGGUGCGGAGCCAGAGGAUUUUCCAGAUGAAGACCAGGUUCGAAACAUGGACGAGCUCACUGCGAGUUCCAAGAGCACUACGAAAAUUACAGCUCGCAAGGCCAAGCAGGCGAUGCGUAACGCCAAGACAUGGGUCUGUGAUCAGUGCGGUGGAGUGUUCAAGUGUUCCACCUACCUAAAACUGCAUCUGCUGCGCCACACCGGCCAGAAAUCGUUCGAGUGCGACGUCUGCCAGGCUAAGUACUACACGGAGAACGAGAUGCGCCGCCACCGGAUCCUGCACACCGAUGCCCGGCCCUACGCCUGUCGCUUCUGCGACAAGACAUUCCGCGGCUGCAGCAGCAAGGUGAUCCACGAGCGUACGCACACCAAUGAGCGGCCGUUCCAGUGUCAGUACUGCGAGAUGGCCUUUACCUCGACGUCGACUCGGCAGCGGCACGAGUUGUUGCACACGAACAACCGAAAAUAUCACUGCGAGACCUGUCAGCAUUGGUUUUUGCGGGCAACGCACCUGGCGCUACAUCAGAAUACCAAACUGCACAAAAAGAGAGUUGCUAGUGCUCGCAAACGCUGUGGAUAAACAUUAAACAUUACAUUUUAAAUAUAAGCGGGCUGUCAACGUUGACACGUGAAUGUCCUUCA